AGAGAGUAACAGUAAAUGCAGAAAGAAUUGCAUUGCAGGAAGAUGUCUGUGAAAUGGUCUUCAGUCCUGCUCUUGACACAGCUGAUAUGCUACUUCAGAUCUGGAACUUGUGGAAAAGUGCUGGUGUGGCCCACAGAAUACAGUCAUUGGAUGAACAUAAAGAUAAUCCUGGAUGAACUUGUUGAGAGAGGGCAUGAAGUAACUGUUCUGACAUCUUCAGCUUCCGUCCUUAUUGAUCCCAGCAAAUCAUCUACUAUUAAAUUCGUGAUUUUCCCUACAUCAAUGAGUAAAGAUGAUCUGGAAUAUAUGUUUAUAGAAUGGGUAACAGAAUGGACAAAUAUUUAUGGGAAAAAAUCAUUUUGGACAUAUUUUUCACAAUUGGAAAAAUCCUUUUAUAAAUAUUCUGAUACUAUUGAAAAUUUAUGCAAAGCAGUAGUUAGGAACAAGAGUCUUAUGAAGAAACUACAGGAAUCAAAGUUUGAUGUUGUUCUCGCAGAUGCAAUUGGUCCCUGUGGUGAGCUGCUGGCGGAGGUAUUUAAAAUACCACUCGUGUACACUCUUCGCGCCUCUUUUGGAUAUAACUUUGAAAGGUUUAGUGGGGGACUUCCGUUCCCUCCUUCCUAUGUGCCCGUAGUUUUGUCAGAAUUAAGUGACCGGAUGACAUUUGUGGAGAGGGUAAAGAAUAUGAUGCAUGUUUUAUACUUUGACUUUUGGUUCCAAGGAUUUAAUGUAAAGAAGUGGAAUCAGUUUUACAGCGAAGUGCUAGGGAGACCCACAACAAUAUUUGAGAUGAUGGGAAAAGCAGAUAUGUGGCUCAUUCGAACAUAUUGGGAUUUAGAAUUUCCUCGUCCCCUCUUACCAAAUUUUGAAUUUGUGGGAGGACUUCACUGCAAACCUGCCAAACCUCUGCCUAAGGAUGUAUCAGUCAAGAGAGAUAUCUAUGGAUCACGCAUUAGUUCUAAUGUUAUUUGUGUGAGGAAACGUUAA